AUGAAUUGGGGCAAAUUUUGUAGUAACAGAACCUAUUUAACAUGUUUCGUUAUCAGUGCGUGUGCGGUUAUAUACAUCGUUCAGUACUAUGAUCUACAAACAAUGUUUGUAGGCAGUGAGAUAUUCGCACAUGGAAAUUCCUCCGAACAUAUUCAGUUCAUUGCCAAAUAUUUUAAUUAUGAAAAUGAAACACUAAACUUAAAAGGAUCAUUUGACGACGAUUCCUCCAAAUCCGACAUUUUACUACGUGUCGCUAAUCUUCCGUCCAAUUUCUUACGACAAUUGAAUAUUGAAAACAAUAACAAGUUGACGUUACAACCAACACCAAGCAAGGUGACUAGCCCUACAAAUGAUUUCCCGGACAAAUGGUUACUGCCGCCAAGAAAGACUGCCAUUGGAGUAGAUUGUCCGCUGCUUUUCUCAGGAGAUUCGUCGGAACAAAAACGUGCUAAAAUGUUAAUGGAGACCCGUCCAAAACCACCUCUUCCGCUUUCAUCCUAUUCUCGUAUGACCAAAAAUUGUGAACUUUUUAAACGAGAGAGACAUUAUGUAACCAGUUCACUAACACAGGAAGAGAAGAAUUUUCCAAUAGCCUACAGUUUAGUUGUUUUUAAAGAGCUGGAGCAGACAGAACGACUUCUUAGAGCUAUCUACCGUCCACAAAACUUCUAUUGUAUACACAUCGACUCCAAAUCUCCCGACGAUUUCCGAGACACAUUGACGGAAAUAGCCGACUGUUUCGAUAAUGUGUUUAUAUCUAAUACAUCUGUGGAUGUUCAAUGGGGAAUGUUUACCGUUGUUGAACCAGAAAUUAUCUGUAUGAGAGAGCUAUGGAAAUACAAAACAUGGAAAUAUUUCAUAAAUUUGACUGGCCAAGAGUAUCCUCUCCGUUCCAACGCUGAACUUGUGAAGAUUCUUAAAGUAUACAACGGGGCUAACGACUUAGAAGGUACGGUCAAACGAGCCAACUCGGGACGUUGGCAAAAAGCUGGGGAUCCCCCGGGUGGAAUUCGACCUGUGAAGGGUUCCGUGCAUAUCACUGCGAAUAGGGGUUUUGUGGAUUACAUUCUCCAUAACCAAACAGCAAUCGAUUUCCUUAACUGGACACGAAGAAUUGACUUUCCUGACGAAUGCUUUUUCUCUAGUCUCAAUCACAAUCCUCACUUGGGGAUUCCUGGUACUUACAAAGGUGAACCAGAGACCAGCACCGAUGUUAAACCCUUUCUUACACGGUUCAAAAACUGGGGCAAUGGACCGUUUAACUGGCCAUGUCACGGUAAAAGAGUGCGCAUGAUCUGUAUUUUUGGCGUCGCUGAUCUUCCGUUGUUGGCACAAAGACCUGAAUUUUUCGUAAAUAAACUUUACUGGGAUUAUGAGCCAUAUACUCUGGACUGUCUGGAGGAGUUAAUAUACAAUAGGACACGUGAUGGCUACUUCCGCACUACAAAAUUCGAUACAACGUUUUACGAAAAUCUCGACUUUGUGAAAAACAGGGUGUGA